AUGCAGUGUAGUGUUGAAACUAUGAACGACUGCGAGCGAUCACCAGGCCGCAGUGGACUGCGAGUGAAUUUCACUGAAAAGGGCGAAGUAAAAGAACGGCGAGAAAAGUUUCUUACCGCGAAGUAUGGAUCGCACCAGAUGAGUUUGAUUCGUAAGAGGCUUGCGGUUGAAAUGUGGUUAUAUGAUGAACUUCAGAAACUGUUCGAUCCCCCGACAGAAGCUAUUGAUGUGGACAUCGAUGAAAUAUUAGACAUGGAUACUGACGACUUGAGGCGAUCGCAUUUAUUCGGUCUUCUUUCUGCAUGCAAACGACCACCACAGGACAUUUCGAAAUUCAUUAGUGAUCUUUUGGACAGGGCGAAAACACUCUGAGCUGGACUGGUUAUUUCAGUUUAAAAUUAGCUCUUACUUUAUCUUUAGUUUAUUAUGAUUUAACGUAAAAUGCUGCUGUAUGUUAACCAAGGCACAAAACUAAGGACAUCAUAAUCCGUCUGUUCCUGUGAUCCAAUAAAGACGAAAAAGAGCACCAUCUGGGUGUUCGCACGUGGUUUUGAGGUAACAGUGGGAGACGCCACGUACUGGAGUGUAAGCAACAACCUUUACCCAUUAUUGUGAAACAAAUAUGUGAGCCGGCCAAAUAAGGAUUUAUUUUGUGGUACAUUUGAAUUGCAUUGUUUUAAAAAUAAAAUUUACUGCCCACAUUUUUAGGGAUAGCAGUUUUGUCUUUAAUUUAAAUAUUACUCUGUUAGACAUACAUUUCGAUACAAUAAAGCACCAUAUAACACAAGGGAAACGAUAGUUAGGGAAAGAUUAUUGCCAAUGCAAUAAAAUAGUACGGACGAAGAGAAAGAUUUAUUUUUUCUCCAAAGAAUAAUUUAACAAAGAUAUAAAUAUAUAAUUUAAAAAAGAUCAAUAGGAAUAGAUGUACGAAAGUAAAUUCUUGAAGUAACGAUUUAAACCGGAAAUUAGUGAGUUGAAAUCGAGACGAGGGUGAAUACUGAUCAUGGAAAGAUAAGAACAGAUUACAAAUUAUUCUGUAAGUUUAAAUACGUCAAUCAACAAUGCUUUUCAUAUGUUGUUUAGGUUAAAAUAAAUCAUUUAUGUAUUCGUAGAUUUUUAGAAUAGAUUUUUUUCUUUUUUAUUUUGAGCUUAUCUUAUCAGAGUUUUAAUCAUACAAAUGGAACGAUAAAGUUCACAAAUUUAAUAUUCCACACUGCCAAUGAUCAGACAACUUCAGAGGAUAAAAGUCUACCACAUGAAAGUAUGCAACACAAGAGUAUGUUAGUUAUGGAGCAAGACCAUUCAUGAGCAUACUCUUAUGAUCCAAGAAGUGUGCUUAUAUUGGAGCGUUUUUUACAUGAAGGACUAAUGCAAAAAAACACUCUUGAUAAUUUGUGACACUGUGACUAAGUAUUUAAUUCAUGAAUUGAUGGCGUUAGAUUCAAAGCAAUUUAAGAGUAUUAUAUUUGAACAACAAAAUUCGCUGUAGCGAUAGGUGGUUUUGGCUCCCGUACAUGGUGUGCAUGUAAUAAUACACUCAUCUUCCCAUUAAAAACACUGGUGAAGCAUGGAUGGCCGUACCCUAAUGGAAUAGAAAAUAAACGAAUGAAGAAAUGGUAGCAUAAAUAGAGUAGAGCAAUACUCAAGAGAGUAAUGUAGUUGUAAUAAAAAAUCAGCUUUUGAACGGUGAAAAGAACCAGAGUUUAACAACCGAUUGAAUGCCUAAAUAUUAUAACUCGAAAUUAUUUUGUUUCAAAUUGUCUUCAAAAUAUUUUGCUUAUUAGUUACUUUCACGAGUCGACAUAAGAUAACAUAUGCAUAGAGUUUUAUGUAACGUAUUUAUUCUUUUCACGAAACUAAAUAGCACAUACUGGCUUACAAUGUCUCAUAUCACUUCAUAUCCCUUGCAAAUAGCUAUUAUCUUCUUAUUCGUUCAUAAUAUAGAAUGCCUCAGUGUGGUGAAUUAAAGUCAAAGUUCUCGAUGUUUUGUCUCGAAGCUGGAAAAAACAAUAAACAUACAAU